GGCCUGGCGACCGCUGGUCUGCGCCCCGACGGCGCCGGGAGCAGAGGAGCCGCGCUCGGGUCUCCGGGAUGUGCCCGUCUGAGAUGGGGACGCCGUGGCACCACUGGUCCCCCGUGCUCAUCAGCCUGGCCGCCCUGUUCUCCAAAGUGACCGACAGCCGAGGGGUCCUGGAGAGCGUCCAGAGGUUCUCCUUGCUGCCCACCUACCUCCCCGUGACCUACCACAUCCACAACGCCGACGUGUCCUUCUUCCUGAAGGAGGCCAACCAGGACAUCAUGCGCAACUCCAGCCUGCAGUCCCGUGUCGAAUCCUUCCUGAUUUACAAAGCCAAGCGGCUGCCCGUGCUCAACGCCAGCUAUGGGCCCUUCUCCAUCGAGCAGGUGGUGCCCCAGGACUUAAUGCUGCCCUCCAGCCCCUUCGGAUUCACCAACAAGUUCUCCCUCAACUGGAAGCUGAAGGCGCACAUCGUGCGGGACAAGGUGUACCUGAGCCGGCCCAAGGUGCAGGUGCUGUUCCACGUGCUGGGCCGGGGGCUGGACGAGGCCGUGCCCCACUUGCAAAGGAUUGGGAGCGUCUUCCUCUACCAGACGGGCGGCCGACCGGUGCUGAGGGAGCUGCGUUUGGACAGCAACGUGGCCAUCCUGUACACAGCCCGGACGGCGAGGCAGGGCGACGUGCUCACCUUCCCCGUGGCCGUGUCCCGAAACUGCAGCGCGGAUCGCUUCACGCUGAGGGCCAAGGUGAAGAAGGGCGUGAGCGUCGUGGGGGUCAGAGCCAGCAGCCCUUCCAUUUGGGAGGUCACGGAGGGCACGGACCACAGUGGCAAGUACGCACCUGCUGUCAUCGUUUGUCAGAAGAAAUCUGCUGGCUCGGAGAACAGUGUGGAUGGAGCCUCCUAUGAAGUCAUGCAGAUCGACGUGGAGAUAGAGGAGCCCAGUGACCCGCCGGCCACACAGCUUGUCACGUGGCAGGUGGAGUACCCAGGAGACGUCACGUCUGACUUGGGUGUGUCCAAGAUCUACGUGAGUCACAAGGACCUGAUGGGCGUCAUACCGCUGGCCAUGGAGGCAGAGAUCCUGAACACAGCCAUCCUCACGGGCAAGACGGUGGCGGUUCCGGUGAAGGUGGUGUCGGUGGAGGAGGACGGCACGGUGGCAGACCUGCUGACGUCAGUGGAGUGCCGGUCGUCCGAUGAAGACAUAAUCAAGGUGUCCGACAGAUGUGACUACGUCUUCGUCAACGGGAAGGAAAUGAAAGGCAAGAUGAACGUGGUGGUGAACUUCACCUACCAGCACCUGAGCAGCCCCCUGGAGAUGACCGUGUGGGUGCCCCGGCUCCCGCUGCAGAUCGAGGUCUCGGACACCGAGCUUAACCAGAUCAAGGGCUGGAGGGUGCCCAUCGUCUCCAACAAGAGGCCGGUUCGGGACAGCGAGGAAGAGGAGGACGACGACAGGAGGGGGGGUCGUGGCUGCACACUCCAGUACCAGCACGCCAUGGUGCGGGUCCUGACGCAGUUCGUGGCUGAGGCGGCGGACCGUGGCGGGCACCUGGCCCACCUGCUGGGCUCAGACUGGCAGGUGGACAUCACAGAGCUGGUGAAUGACUUCAUGCAGGUGGAGGAGCCCCGCAUCGCCAAGCUGCAGGGGGGACAAGUCCUGAUCGGCCAGGAGCUUGGGAUGACCACCAUUCAGAUCCUGUCGCCUCUGUCAGACGCCAUCUUGGCAGAAAAGACCAUCACCGUGCUGGAUGAGAAGGUGACCAUCACGGACCUCGGGGUCCAGCUGGUGACAGGGCUGUCACUCUCCCUGCAGCUCAGCCCAGGGAGCAACAGGGCCAUCUUUGCCACUGCGGCAGCUCAAGAGCUUCUGCAAAGGCCCAGACAGGAAGCGGCCAUCAGUUGCUGGGUCCAGUUCAGUGAUGGUUCCAUCACUCCCUUGGAUAUCUACGAUGGGAAAGACUUCUCCUUGAUGACCACCUCCCUGGACGAGAAGGUGGUCUCCAUCCACCAAGACCCCAAAUUCAAGUGGCCUAUCAUCUCUGCGGAAGCCGAAGGGCAGGGUGCUCUGGUAAAGGUCGAAAUGGUCAUCAGUGAAUCGUGCCAGAAAUCCAAGCGGAAGAGCGUGCUGGCUGUGGGAACAGCCAACAUCAAAGUUAAGUUUGGCCAAAAUGAUGCGAAUCCCAACACCAGCGACAGCAGACACACUGGGGCAGGAGUUCACCUGGAAAAUAACGUCAGUGACAGAAGACCCAAAAAACCCUUGCAAGAAUGGGGGAGUCAGGGGGGACAGUAUUACAGCAGUUCUUCCAUGGGCCUCAUGGAAGGAAGAGGGUCGACGACAGAGAGGUCAACCUUCCAGAGAAAGAACGGCCGAGGAAGCCUUCUAGAUGAUGACAGCCACCUGCAGACCACCCCCAUCGACCUCACCAGCUUCCCGACCCAGGGGGACCUGCCCAGAAGCGACGGGGAAGCGGACGAGAGUGGCCUCACGCAGGCAUCCAAAGGGCUGAGCGACUUGGAGAUCGGCAUGUACGCUCUGUUGGGGGUCUUCUGCCUGGCCAUUUUGGUCUUCCUGAUAAACUGUGUGGCCUUUGCACUGAAAUACAGGCACAAACAGGUUCCCUUCGAGGAGCAAGAAGGUCUGAGUCACUCCCACGACUGGGUCGGGUUGAGCCACCGCUCCGAGCUGCUGGAGAACCACAUCGACUUCGCAUCCUGCCAGGAGGAGCAGAUCACUGCCAUUGACAGGGGCAUGGAUUUCGAAGAGAGUAAGUAUCUCCUCCUCGGCACAGACUCCCAGAAGAGCAUCAACGGGCCGCUGUUCCAGGGUUCGGGCCCCACCGUUGCAGACGGGAAGGGUCAGAAGAGCGAGCCCCCGACGUCCCCUACCUCAAAAAGGAAAAGAGUAAAAUUUACCACCUUCGCCACCAUCCCCUCGGAUGAAGGAUGCCCCACCAUGAACUCCAUACUGACCAGCGGUGAGGACAUGAGCUGGGUCUGCCAGGAUCUGGACCCCGGGGAAAGCAGACAGCCCCACGGCUGCAUGGAAAGGUUACGCGAGGAUGUGUAAGCCAGACGCUCGCAGACAUGGGUUCUCGCUCACCUCUCAGCCUUUAAUUUGGGGAUGUGCGGCAAGGGCACCCCCGGGAAAGGAGUGAAGUGACAGGACAGGAUAAGAACGCCCCUAUCAGCACAGCCCUGGCAGAUGGCGCCGGCUCGGCUGGGGUGGCCCCAUGUCGGGAUCGAGGCUCACAUUCUGGCAUCCGGUGUCUCGGCCGGUGUUAAGGGGCGGAUUGUGCAUGGCACGAUUUGUAGAACUUGGAAGAAAAAUGAGUUCUGAAUCACUGAGCUUCUGAGAGGUCCUGGGAAGAGCAGCCCCCCUCUGUCCCUCACUCUCUUUCUCUGUGGAAUCAAAGCCCUUUGGGUACAGUGACCACGUGGGUCCAUAACUCAGUAUUGCAGACUCCGGGAGAACCCUGGAGGGAGGGCAAGUGGAUGGACGGGAGGCAGUGAGUCAUCUGAGCCAGGAUGUGCAGCCCGCCGUGGGUGGGACCAGGGGCCACGUCCAGAGAGCGGGGAGCGCCUGGGGGGGGCGUCAUCGCGGAGUGUCAUCGCCCAAAGACCAGCGCGGCCUCUUGACUGACCAGGAGCUGCUGACAGGGACAGAAGGGGCCCACGUGGGCAAAUAGGCCACGGAUAUCUUUGUAAGGAGAGGCCGAGAGCAAAGGAGCAGCCCCCUGGGGGAUUCGGAACAUCCCUUUAUUUGUGAACUAGGGAUAUGGGGCACAGAAUGUCAACCUGGUUCAAGGAACUGGGCUUUUUCGGGCAAGUCCACUGUGCUCCAAUGUGCACUCCUCUCCCCACCAGCUGUCUAAGAGCCAUCGCUCGCUUGUGGGCAUGGGGGACUUUUCCAGCAUCCCCCCCCCACCUCUGUGGCCGGUCGGUCAACUCCAGUGGCUCCACCAGGUGAACAUCACUCAUGUCCUUUCCUUGAAGAGGCUGGUCUUUCAGGAUUCGCGGUUCUUGCGGUGAAUUCGACACCAAGGGACACUCAUCCCCCUGCGCCUCUGGGAAGAUGAGGGAGCCGUUUUGUGAUGGCCCUGCGGACGGCCACACCGGGUCUCCCGUCCAAGGCUGCAGAGACAAAUGUGGACGAAGGUGGAGUGCACGGCCGGGGAGAGCCAGGGCCCUGCUGUGCCGCAGGGGGCCGGGCAGGAAGCCUGUCCUCACCCCUGUGCGGGCUUGGACCCUUGGAGGGACGGAGGUGCCCGCACUUGGGGGAGAGAGGGCGGCCCCAGUCUGUCCUGAGGGCUUUAACAUUGUUGCUUGAAGUCAGAAUGACUCUGAAUGUCUCCCGAACCCCUGGACACAUGGGAAGCCACUAAGGUAGGGGGAGAGAUGAGUGGAUUCCUGCCCCGGCUCGAGCUCCUGCCAAGGCGGGGAAGGGCAGCGGGACCCCUGGCAAGGAGAGCCGCGGAGAAGCAGGGUGGGUGGCAGGGGAGGGGGGGAGCUCUCUCUCCUCUGUCAUUUUCUGUUUCUCUGCUUUGAGAUGCUCU